GAGACGUUUUGUAAAGCGCUAAGGUUGUGCAGACAUUAUUUUAUCAGUGGAUCUCAAAAUAGUAGACAGUCUCGCGUUUAUAGUAAUUUUUGUUAUUUUAUUGAUACUGGUUUUACUUUUUAUCAAAAUGACCGAGGACAGCGGCAAAAAGCUCACCAUGGUAACAUGCAGUGCGCCUGUGAAUAUUGCUGUUAUYAAAUACUGGGGGAAGAGGGACGAGGAGUUGAUUCUACCCAUAAAUUCAUCUUUGAGUGUCACAUUACAUCAAGACCAGCUCAAAACGACCACAACAGUGGCGUGCAGCAGGUCGUUCCAGGAGGAUCGUAUCUGGCUCAAUGGCAAAGAGGAGGACAUAACCCAGCCCAGACUACAGUCCUGCCUUAGGGAGAUUCGGCGCCUGGCCCGUAAGCGACGUAGUGAUGGGGAGGCUGAUGUAGACACGGCCGGUUUGUCCCAUAAAGUCCACAUCUGCUCUGUCAACAACUUCCCAACUGCAGCCGGACUGGCCUCUUCUGCUGCCGGCUAUGCCUGUCUGGUGUACACCCUGUCCCGGGUGAUGGGAGUGGAGGGGGAGUUGUCUGUGGUUUCUAGGCARGGUUCAGGUAGUGCCUGUAGGAGUAUGUAUGGGGGCUUCGUCCAGUGGAUUAUGGGCCAGCAAGGAGAUGGCAAGGACAGUCUGGCCCAGCAGGUGGAGCCAGAGACUCACUGGCCUGAGCUCAGGGUCCUUGUACUGGUGGUCAGUGCUGAGCGGAAACCAGUUGGCAGCACUUCUGGCAUGCAAACUAGUGUAGAGACGAGCAGUCUCCUGAAGCACCGGGCAGACUCUGUGGUCCCAGCCAGGAUGAAGGAGAUGAUUGAGGCUGUACAUAAGAGGGACUUUACUGCGUUCGCUGAGCUGACCAUGAAGGACAGCAAUCAGUUCCAUGCCACUUGYCUGGACACCUACCCACCCAUCUUCUACCUCAACGACGUGUCGCGCCGUGUUAUCAACCUUGUGCACCGCUAUAACCGUCACUACAGGGAAACAAAGGUGGCAUACACAUUUGAUGCAGGUCCCAAUGCAGUGAUCUACACUCUUCAGCAGAAUGUGGAAGAGUUUGUCCAGGUGGUCAAACACUUCUUCCCACCAGAGACCAACGGAGGACAGUUUCUAAAGGGUCUUCCGGUUGCCCCAACAACACUAUCCGAGGAGCUGAAGCAGGCCAUUGGUAUGGAGCCCAUGGUGAAGGGAAUCUGCUAUAUAAUCAGCACUAAGGCUGGACCUGGACCUCGCGUGGUGGAGGACCCUAGUGAGCAUCUGCUUGGAUCUGACGGGCUGCCCAAGGAGAGUGCAUGAUACAAUCCAGCCUCCCAGCUGGGCAGAGACGGAACUCUUUGGUGAAAAAAAAGACCAAACAUAUUAACAAUCAACAAUUCCAAUUCAAUCAAUUGGAUACAUAUGCAUAGACGUGGUCAUAAAAGGGGCAAUCUGCAGUUGCUAUAUCCAUUUUUGGACUUAUAAAUGUAUUAUAUGUAACCAUUGAAGAAGAUAACUUAUAAAUGCUGCAUGAGUUUAGUUCAACUGUCGUACCACAUCAGAACUCAAAAUACAAGCUUGUUUUACUACAAUGUUUGUAAACAAA